AUGGCUCCCAAGAAGAUUGUCGUGUUCGGCAUCACCGGCGUGCAGGGCGGCAGCGUCGCGUGCUACCUCCUCGAGGACGGCAAGGACAAGUUUGACGUGUGGGGCGUGUCGCGGAGCAAGACGAGCGCCAAGGCCAAGGAGCUCGAGAAGGCUGGUGUGACGAUUGUCGAGGCCGACCUCGAUGACCCGAGCACGUACGAGGCGGCCCUCAAGGGCGCGGACAACGUGUGGGUCAACGCGAACUUCUGGCUCUACUACGACGGGACGAACCCCGACGAGGCGGCCGCGCACGAGGUGCAGCAGAACAAGGACGUGAUUGACGCCGCGAUCCGGCAGGGCGUGCCGCACAUCACGUUCUCGGCCGUGCGUGACUUUGGCGACAAGUUCCCCGUGCCCCACGCCGACUCGAAGGUGACGAUCGUCAAGUACCUCGAGAAGCUGGGACACGACCACGCGCUAGUGUACGCGCCGUGGUUCUGGACCAACGUGCUCCUCUUCCCGCGUCGCAAAGAGGGCGACAAGUGGGUCGUGUCGUGGCCUGUGCCGGACAAUGCCCGCAUCCCAGGCUUCGACCCGGAGCAGGUGGGCGCGUACGCGCGCCUCGUGUUCCGCGACCCCGAGGCAUGGAGCGGCAAGAAGAUCUUCUGUGCGAGCGACAUUGUCAGCCCCGUCGAGCAGGCUGCGGCCCUCAGCGAGGUCCUCGGCGUCGACAUCGUGCCCCACGGCCUUACGCGUGAGGGGUUCGACUCGCCAGAGUUCCAGGCUCAGCUACCCCACGAGCUUGUGCUCAACUACAAGGCGAUUCUGAGCAUCGAGAACCCCAAGCCAGAGCAGGCGCGCAGUCUCUACCCCGAGGCGUACUACUUCAAGGACUGGGUCGCCAACACCCCCGAGCGCGCUAAGGCGUUUACUAAGUAG